UAAGUAAUUUUGUUGAAAAAUUAAGUUAAUUGUCAAAAUUCUAUGUAUUUUGUCAGCUUACGAUUUUUAUUCAUGUAUUUAUAAAUUAUAUCAAGUCCAUUGAUAUUUUUUUUUUUUUAAGAAUCCAAAGUCUGAAGCUAUAACUAUUUCUUUGGUUAAAAUGAUCGCUAUGGAUAUGCUUCCAUUAUCGUUUGCCGAAAGACCCGGAAUCGAGCAGUUUCUAAGGACUGUUUGUCCUGAGUAUACUAAACCAAGCGGAUCAGUUAUUAGAAAUCGUCUGCAGGGCAUUUAUGACGUUGUUUGGAACAAAUUGAUUUCGACUUUGAAUAAUUUUCCACAUAUUUCGAUUACAACCGAUGGUUGGUCUUCACGUGCCAAUCAUUCAUUUGUCACAAUCACUGCACACGGCAUUGAUGACCAAUGGAACCUCCGUUCAUUUACACUGGAUACAUUAGAGAUGUCCGAAAGUCACACAGCGAGAAAUACGUACAAUCAUUUAAAAGAAGGACUAUCAAGUUGGAAUCUAUAUGAAAAAGUUAUAGCUGUUGUCCACGAUAAUGCACCGUACAUAGUUGCUGCCAUCCGAGAUUAUUGGAGCAAUGACAGUGAAAUAGAUGUGAGCGUUCGCUGUUUCUGUCAUUCCUUACAACGUGUUGUUGAGCGGACUUUAAAAAAUGACGUGUUAUCAGAAUGCUUACGCAAAGUUUCUGCUGUAGUAGGGCAUUUCAAGCACUCAAAUAAAGCGAGUACAGCUCUAACUUCAGCUCAAAAAAAAUACCGUUUGCCAAAUCAUCGAUUAAUAAGUCACUGUCCUACUCGCUGGAAUUCUGCUUUCGCAAUGAUCGAAUGUGUUAUUGAACAACGGGAAGCAAUAACAUGUGUUUUGUUAGAUAAAGAAGUGACAACCCCAGAAUCAGUGAAAAAAUUGCUGCUGAGCAAUGAUGAUUGGGAUUACAUAAUUGAUGUUAAAAAGAUCUUAGAACCUUUUGAUGUUACUACUAGAAUAAUGUCCUCGGAAUCACAAUCAACAAUUGCGAUGGUGCGACCAAUCGUUCAUUCAACUUUGAAAAAAUUUUUACAACCCAAAGAUGACGACAGCGGAGAAAUUCACUUAUUGAAGGAUAUAUUGAAAGAAGAGUUAAGAACUAGGUUCUUAAAAACUACAAGUGUUGCUUUGUGUGGGCUCGCAUGCUACUUAGAUCCUCGGUAUUUAUUACAUUCACAUUUAAUUCGAAGUCAAUGAGAAGUCUUACACACUUGUGUGCAUGCAAAAUCGCUCUUGUUUCAACAAAUUUUUAUUUUAUAAUGUUUUCACUAUAUUAAUUAACUAUAGUUAAUUAUACUUUUUAUAAUUUUUAUUCUUCAGAUAUAAAGAUUUGCGUGAUGAAUCUCAAUCGUAUCGACAAAAAGUUAAAGAUGCAUUGUUAGAAGUAAUAUCAAUUGAGAAUACUCAUCAUGAGUUUCAAACUUCGGCCAAAGAUCAAAGGGAAAAAGAUCUGGAGUACCUCUUCGAUCUUGAACGAGGUUUAUCAGGGGACCUUGAGCGAGCACUAAGUUUUGAAAAUAAGACUACUAUUGAGAAAGAAAUUGACAAGUAUGACAGAUAAUUAAUUAUCCCAAAAGGAGAUAAUCCUUUGCUGUGGUGGAAUUCGAAGCGGCAUAAAUAUCCAAUCUUAGCUACUUAUGCAAGAAGAUAUUUGGGCGUCCCAUCCUCGAGUACACCGUCCGAGCGAGUGUUUUCAACAGCAGGAAAUGUUAUUUCCACGAAAAGAAGUUGUUUAUUAUCUGAAAACGCUAAUUUGUUGAUAUUCUUGUAUCAAAAUCGAGAAAUUAUAGAAGAAAUUGAUUAAAAGUUGUUGAUAGACAAUCAGGCCUGUUAAUUUAAUAUUAAUUCAAAUUGUUUAUAUUAGACAUUACGUAAUAAAUUGA